AUGGAGCCAACAAUCGUGGCCGGCGCGGCCAGCGAUGCGACAAGCGUUGCGGACGUGUUCCUCGAGGCGAUGGCGCCCAACGCGUUGCAGCGCACGCAAUUCCCCGAUUCCGCAGGUGAGCGGUUCGUGCGGGACUGGUUCGCCCAGGAUGUCGUGCGGCAUGUGCAAGAUGCCAACAAGGGUCUCCUGGUUACCCGGUCAAGGGAUGGCGAGAUUAUCAGUUUUGUCAAGUGGCGGGUACACGCGCCCCGAGCGCCCCAGGAGGCUACGACGCCGGGAGAGCAGGAUACCUGGCCGGAGACGAGCAACGUCAAGGUCCUGGAGGCGUACACGGCCCUAACGGCCAAGGUGCGAGAGGACGUCCUCGGACAGACGGCCUACUACCGUGCGUUACCCUCUCAUGCUGGACAGACUGGUGUCGUCGAAAGCUGA